AUGCCUCUCAUCCUUGACUCUACCACCCCCGACCCAGAUAUCCAGUCUUCAGCCAUGGCAGAAGACUAUAAACCGUUACUUCCUGCAAUAGUUGUUCUCAACAGGCGAUACCUGAUCACCGGCAAUAGCGCUGCUGCCAAGGUCGGAGCAGCUGCUUUCGCUGCCUCGGUUGUCCAGGCAUUCGUGGAGAGAGGAAUCUUCCUAGGAAUGAUUCUGUAUCAGAGGGACGAGGAUAUCGUGGAUCCCUACAUCUCCAGCGAGGCCUUUAGCUCAGUUUCUACUGUGACAGUAUCUUUCAAUUUCCACAUGGAUCCAAGCAAGGUCGCCAAUGCCCUUCUGAACUGCAUCAAAAUCCUCAAGGCUACCAACCCAAUGGAAGGAACCCCCAUGCUAUACUAUCAGACCGAUACUCUGAUGGAGUACCAUCCUCGUCACAUCCCUUCAUGUGUCACGCACCACGGCCCCUUUUUUGGAAGCUUUGCAACCAUUUUCUCCAAGGAGGCUGCAGCGCUGGCGUUUGGAAGCAUGGAAAAGGCAGAGCACCUGGAACGGCAACAAGACAAGGGAAUUGAAAUUAUCAAGAGCCGAGAGAAUGCAUUUGUCCUCCAACAUUCACAGCUUCAAGGCAAUUUCCUUGCCUCCAGGGGCGUCACCGCCUUACGUGAGCUUUGCCCGCCGAUCGAGCUUUUGACUGAAACGGAAGAAACCAAAGACGAGCUCCCCGAAAACAUCAAGGAGUGGUUUAACUUUGAUGGGGUAGUGAUGUUCACGGCAGUUGCCCGCCUCGAUUACUUCAAAAAUAUAGAUCUGCUUGUUGACGCGGCAAUCCUCCUUUGCGCUCGGGGUAUCCCUCUCAGGGUCUUUGUGGCUGGGGGAGAGCAGCCAGAUAGCAUGGAGCACAGGGCACUCAUGGACAAGGUUCCAUCCCAGUACCAGCACCUGUUCCUGCUGGUCCCCAAGGUUUCAAGAUCUGCCUUGUACAGUCUAUUCGCUGUUGCACGACACACCGGCAUCUUCAUCUGUCCAUCCCGCUACGAGACUCUUGGCAUCACCCCGCUGGAGGCAGCUCUCAACGGCGUCACUACCGUUAUCUCAAACUCUAGCGUAGUAGAAGCCUCUAGGUUCUACCCAGACAGAUUCCGAUUUAGCCCAAACCCAGAAGACCUCUCAAAGCUAAUUGUUCAACUUUCGGGGCCGCGGGGCACGUUGGCUAGGUCGGGAGACCUGAUCCGUCUUCAUGUUGGAAAGUCUAUCCAGGGCAGCAAAUUCCGUUCUGACCUUCUUGACGCAUGGUCGGAUUUCUCAGUGCAGUACCUCAGUACACUAGUCAACUAUGUGCCAGCGGUACAGCCGCCGCUCUGUUUGGAGACAGCGCCACAGGAGCUUGGGAGUGGCAUGAAGGGACAGACACGAGUGGUAGCAUGA